AUGGGUCUGCAGCACGAGGACCUGGAGAUCGCGAAGGAAGAGCAGAGGGCCCUUCAGACGAAGCAAAUCCCGGACUUGCACGAGAGGUUCAGGCUGCGCGACGAGAUGAAGGCCAAGGUGGAUCAGCUAACAGCAGAGCUCCUGGAUGGUCCGGACCAGCUGGGGCAGAAGGCUCUGCACCUGGCCGCACGCUGGGGCACCCGAGACGCCUUCGAGCUUCUGGCGGAGAUGCGGCGGGGGGACCUGCGGGAGCGGGACAGGCUGGGCCGCCUGCCGCUGCACCGGGCCGCGGAAGCAGGCGAUGGGGCGCUCCUGCAGAGUGUUAUUGCCUUCUACGAGACGGACGAGCUGCAGGCCUUGGACAAGAAUCAGCACAGCGCUUUGGACCUGGCGGUGCUCUCGGGGGCUGUGGAGGCAGUGAGGGCCAUCGCCUCCAGUUGCGCCCAGCCAGCGCCCGGGAAGCGCAGCCCCGUGCACCUGGCGGCGCAGUGGAACCACGCCGAGCUCCUGGAGGAGCUGGGCCACGUGUUUGCGGUGGACGGGGGCGACUUGCAGGAGACGCGGCCGCUGCAUCUGGCGGCGCGGUUCGGGCAUUCGGAGGCGGUGUCUGUGCUGCUAGGACUCCGUGCCGAUGCUGCGAAGGCAACCAGCUUUGGACGCACGCCUCUACACUGGGCAGCGCUGAACGGUCAUUCUGGAGUGGCAGAGCAGCUGAUGGAUGCUGGGUGCCCAGCAGAGGCACGGGACAACUCGGGCUGGACCGCCUUCCACUGGACCCUGAGGCGCUGCCAUGCCGAGUGCAGCCGCAAACUGAUGCGCCGCGACGCGGAUUUGCCGGGGGAUCUGAAGAACGGGCGGGGGUGCCUGCACGUGGCUGCCUGCUUUGAUGUGGAGACUACGCUCAUCGAGGACCUGGCAGCGCCGCCUUCCUCGCUCUCAGCCACUGACGUUCGAGGGAAGACACCUCUGCACUUGGCGGCGCAAUGGGGACGGAUCGGAGUUGUGGCGAAGCUCUUGGAGCUUCAGAGCGACCUUGGGUUGUGCUGCAGCCACGGGCGCACGGCGCUGUAUCUUGCCGCGCAGCGCGGCAACCGGGGUGCCGCUGAGCUGCUGCUGGCGGCCAAGGCGGAUGCAAUGCUCGCGGAUCUCAACGGCGUGGCCCCCGUGUUCGCAGCAGCCAGGCGUGGCCACUUCGAGACAGUCUUCACCAUCCUGGAGCACAAGGUGGAUGUCAGCUUAGCGGAGAAGGAUGGGAUGACUUUGCUGCACUGGGCUGCGAAGCACAACAACUGCCAGGCGGCGUUUCGCCUCGCCGCGCUUGCGCCUUCCUUGGUCUCCGCCACCACGCGCCACGGGCGCACCGCACUGCACGCGGCCUGCGCCGCACAGUCGGAGCAGGCAGCGCUGGAGCUGCUACGACUGAGGUGCGAUGCCAACCUGCCGCAGAAGGACUCCUGCGGCUUCCUUGGAGAUGGCUGGCAGCCCAUUCACCUGGCAGCUCGCUUUGGCAACCAGAAGCUGGUGCUGUCCUUGGCGGAGCACAGCUGCGACCUCCAGGCUGUGGCGAAGGUGCAGGGCCGGCGGCCGGUGCACCUGCUGGCGCAGUGGAACCGCCUGGAGACCUUUCGCACCGAGGGCCUGGACUUCUUCGCGCGGGACGGCCUGGGCCGCACCGCCUGGCACGCCGCGGCCCUGCGGGGCCACACCAGGAUCUUCCAUGACCGAUACAUGAUGCGCGGCCGCAGCAAAGACGGCCAGAUGAACAUCCUCAGCCAGUGCACGGUGGAUGCUCAGCAGCGCACGGCGCUGCACCUGGCAGCCAAGAAGGGCUUCCACGAGCUGGUUCGAGAUAUUCUGAGUAACUUCCUUGGUGAUGGUGAGGCCUUCAACGCCAGAUGGCACAUGCCUUCCAGCAAACAGCCGGCGCCUGACGAGGAGCCCCCGCCCCCGGUUCCGCUGCUGAUGAAGGAUGCGGACGGGCGCCUGCCGCUGCAUCUGGCCGCGCGAAACGGCUUCGCACAGGUGACGAGCAUCCUGGCAAAGUUCAUGCUGGAGAAGCUGGAGUGUUCGGAGGAGCAGCUGCAAGAGCCGGACCACCAGCAGCAGUCGCCCCUGCAGCUGGCUCUUCAAAAGGGUCACAAGGACGUGGCCAGGCGCCUGGUGGAUGUGCUGGGCACGUCCGUGCCUGAGCGGCUGAAAGAAUUGGAAGCAAAGGAGGCGCUGGUAGCCGCCUCAUUGGGUACCCAGGUGGUGGUCAAGGAGAACUUUACCACCGAUUCUGGCGAACACUUGGAAAAAGGCUUGCAAGGCUCUUUGCUGGGCUACGGAGCAGAAGUGACCGUGCAGUUUGAGGGCCGGGCGCCAACGGUGCUGACGGUUUGCGAGCUGGCGCGCUGCGCGGUGGAGAAGUCGUACUUGCUCAACGGCUGUGCCUGGCGUCGCCGCGCCAAGCAGGACUACCCCAGCAUCUGCAAGUUCUCCGAGCCGAUGAGCUGCACACCUCUCGCGAGGGAAGGCGCCGGCGACUUCAAGGAGGGCGACGUGGUCCGCGGCUUCGAGGAGAAUGGCAGGCUGCGCAUGGCCGAUGGCUUUCUGCCCUUUGCGCUGCAGGCCAGGAGCCGAGCCGUGCCAGCGCUGACGCCCUGGUCUGGGCCCAGCUUGUCGCGGGGGCAGCUGCUAAGGACGCGUGAUGCUGGCAAGCUGCGGGGCCGCGUGCCGGCAGGAGCUCUGGGGGUGGUGUGCCGCGUGGAGGAGACGGAUCGGGCGCUGGUGAAGUUCCAAGGCGGGCGGCAGAUGCUGGCGGGCGCCGAGUUCGGGGAGCUGGAGGUCCUGCCCUACGUCACCCUCCUUGAGGAGCCGCGGGACAUCCCCCCCGACGGCCUAGUUGUGCUGGAUUCCAAGAAAGGCGCCCACGCGGCACGCUGUGGAAAGGUGCGGCAAGGGGAGGAUGGACGAAAUGGGGCCCGGUUUCAGGUCAUCUUCCCCGAUGGGAGCUCGAGCCCAUUGCUGGCGGAACGCAUGGGCCUGCGCAAUAUUAGCUGCCCGCCAAGCCUCCAGGAGCUGGAAGAGUACCUCCAGGCGGUUAGUCGCAACUGCCAGUGAUCACGACAAGCAGAAGACAGAAGAUGAACUAGGUCCCCCA